GUGAAACUCCUGCUGUCAGCCGUGGUCCGAAGCACUAACUUUGGCAAUUUCGUUGACGGUUGCGCAAGCUCUAUGCGUCGGCCAGCGCCUGAACUGGCAACGUACAGAUGCUUGUCUGCAAAGGAUUGCGCCUUCAGGGUGGAAGAUUUUGGCCGAAGGCCUCACGAGCUUCCUUGGCUCUACCUUGACAGUGUUGGCCAGGAGUUUGGACCACUUCCUGGUCGGACCAUGCAUGAGUGGCUAUCCAUGGGCCGCUUUCCUGUUGGUCUCGACUUGCGAGUGCGCCUGCCAGAGUGGGACAGACACUGGCCCUUACAUCAGCUUUUUCCGGAUAUGGCGGCAGCCUUCAACAUUCCGCCGGCCUGGCCCGAUGUCUAUCAGGAUGGCAAGUUGAACCACGACUUGGGUGCUUUGAGUGUCGAGGACCUGCGAAAUUCCAUUCGCGAAUCUGGCCGAAUGAGUGGGCCUUUCCAUUCUAGCGGUUCAAGCAGCUCCUUCUCCACCUCUCCACCGGUGAUAGCAUCUGGGAGCAUGGCGGCGGCAAAGGUGAUUGCAAAUGGCCACUCAGCCGGAGCAAAUGGACACUCAGCCGGAGCAACAAAAGCAGCUUGGGUUGCCAAAGUGCGUGUGCCCCAAGUGCCACCAAUGCCCCAGGAUGGUCGGAUUGCGGAGCACAAGCACAUCACGCUGAGGACGGAACCGGUUCUGCGGCAGAAAGAAAGCCUCGCACCGGAGACCCUGCCCCUGCCCAGGGCACUGCUAUUAUCUGAAAGGGAUGGGCUGCCACCAUUGCCAAAGGCGCAGUCUGUUUUGGAGAGGCUCUUGCAUCAAGAGCAGCAAGAGUUUGGAGCUCCAAAAGACUCUGGUGCCUUACUCGAGAAUGGAAGGUCUGUGGCCGCUAUGGUGUUGCAACCACCGCUUGAACCGUGGCUCCAAUGCAAUCAGUAGUGACUGAAAGGAAAGUCAAGCCGGGCCAUGAUCACAGAACACCC